AUGGCGACGCGCAUGACGCACAACAUGUCGCCGUCCGAUGACAAGCCGCUUUCGGAGCGGGUGGUGGCACAAGGUGCCGCGCAUCGCCCGUGGAAGAAUCAGUUUAGCACCGACGCGCCGGUGGGAGAGGCCGUGAAGGCACGCUACAUCGAUGCAAUGGCGAACUGUUUUGGCGACGCGGCGCCCGUGUACGAUACGGCACUGAGAAGUAAUAGCCUCGCCAUAGGCAUGGCAACGCGGGAAAAGAAGCGGCCUCCCUCGCUUUUCUCCACGCCGGCCUCUUCACUGGCACCCACGCAGCAGCACACGCCGGUGGGAAGGCAGGGCGGGUUCACGCUGCUGCCAACGACGACGACAGCACGGCAACAACAGCAGCAGCAAACGUUUGCACUUGGGGCCGCCAAUUGUCCGUCAAACGCGCCGCUCUACGGGCGCUGCGCCAGCCUGACGAUACCACCACCACCGCUGAUGCCAUGCAGUCCUGCCAACGGCCUCGGCGGGGCGACGGCCUCGGUGCAGCCGGCUGCCGUUAGUCACACAAGGAAGACGCCGCUGCUCUCGCUGUCGGAGGACAGGCACGUGCUGCUGGCGGGCCCCUUCCGCGUGUCGCGUGACGGCUGUCUUACCAUGCAGAACAUCCUGCUGCUCAAUACAAACAACGACGAGAGCCCCAAGCAUAAGCCGGCCUCGGUGACCCUGCGGAAUACCCCGAAGACGCUGCUCAAGCCCAAGAAGCCGUUUCUCCCUGUGGAGCCGGUGACGAACAACUCCUUCACACUGCUCUCUGCGAGCAUCGAUACGCUGUAUAGCCCCAUCACGUACUCACUAGACGCGUUCCCAACCGCCCGCGUCGGCUCACGCAGGGAGAGCGGUACACUGUUGCAUGCGAUCCACCCCACCCCUACACAUGAAGCGGCAGCCGACUCCAGUGCAUCUAUUGAAAUUGCUGACGGUGAUAGCUCGAACUUCCAAUCGGCGCGCGGGUCAGAGGACGCGGUGCCGAUGAGUCUACUACCGUACGUGGACCUGCCGCCGAAGUGCCACGUCUCCGCCCCGCUGCCCGUCAAUGCGGUGCACUACGGCGAUCUACACAUCAAGGCCCCGGUAGGCGAAGGCGCGUCGGCGUCCGUCUUUGUGGCGGAUCAUUUGCCGACGGGGCGUCUGCUGGCCGUCAAACGCAUCGACCUCUCGCCACUGCUGCUCCAGUGGAGCCCUUCCAUGGUGUCGAAGUCCCCGCACAUGCCGGUCAGCACCCGCCUCCGUCAGCUGCAGCUCAUCGUUGUGCGGGAACUGCAGGCUCUCCACAUGGCAUACCGGAGCCCCUUCAUGGUGAAGGUGUACAACGCCUUCUACUCGGAGGAAAGCAUGGCCCUCGAUCUCGUGAUGGAGUACAUGCACUACGGAAGCCUGGAUCACUUGCAGAAGCUCCUCAAGAGACCGCAUCGUGACGGCGACGAUAAGAAGGAUGCGUGUGUGGAAGACGGCGCCGGUGUGCCGGAGCGGCUAGUGGCGGUGGUGGGGGAGCAGCUGCUGCUCGGCGUACGGGACAUGCACGAGCGUGGCUUCAUUCAUAGGGACAUCAAGCCCGGCAAUGUUCUCAUCAAUGAGAAGGGUAUCGUGAAGCUGAGCGACUUUGGUCUAUCACAGCGGUGUGGCCCGGUGGGAGAGCGGAUCAGUGCCGGCAACACCCCGCAGCAGCAAUUCGCUUUGACAACCAGCGAGGAUUGUGUCCCACCAAUGUUUCGGCUCGAUCCCGGCGGCAGCAACGGUACAGACUCCUCCACUGACCUGCAGUGCUCUGGUACAAACAAAUAUAUGAGCCCCGAACGGCAGCGCGGCAAGACUCACGGAAAACCGAGCGACAUAUGGGCGGUGGGCAUGACGCUUGCAGAGUUCGCUGUAGGUGAGUACCCCGUCGACUUCACCGGCUGUGUCGACGCGUUUGAGCAGGCGUACCGCAUGGAGGCGCCGCUAGACCUUAAUCGAUUCCCGCGGUCGAGUGUGCUGAGUGAGGAAUUCAUUGACUUCAUCCGCAUAAGUAUGUUGCCAGUGCCGGAGGAGCGGCCAACGGCACGCGAGCUGCUCGAGCACCCGUUCUUCCGGCAGUGGGGCACACCCUUCUCGAUCGAGGAUUACCUGCGUGAGAGUACCGUCGCGAAGUGA